AUGGAUGACUCAUUAAACAAUCUGCAAGAUAAAUUGAGAAAAGAAAGAACCAAUGAUAAGUUUAUUUUAAAUAAAUGUAAUUUUAAUAUUAUUGAACGAUAUGAAGAUUCAUCAAGUGAAGAAGAAAAUGGAUUUGACAGUAAUAAUAAUAAAGGAAAAAGCGAUUUAAAAGAAGAUUAUAAAAAUAAUAGCUUAUCAUGUAAUACAAAGAAUGAUAAUAUAACGAAUGACAACAACAACAAUAAUAAUAAUAAUAAUAUAAAUGAUAAUGUUAGUUUCCCUUUAGCUUUACAUAGAAGUAUAUUAAAUUUACAAAAAAAUAAUAAAACUGAAAAAAUGCAGAAAGUAGAAAUUUAUGAAAAUAAAAAGGUCACCAUUAAUAAUGAAAACAAUAACAUCAAUCGAAAUAAUAACUUCAAUAAUAAUAAUAUCAUCAAUAAUAAUAAUAUCAUCAAUAAUAAUAAUUUCAUCAAUAAUAAUAAUAACAAUUCUGAGACACAAAUCUCUAUUGAUGCAAAAAAAAAUUUUAAUGAAAAAUAUCACCUGAAUACACAAAACAAAUACAACCUUACAUUUCAACUUAAUAAAAAUGAAGUAGCCAAACUCGAAUGGACAAAUCCAGUUAAAGAUGAUGAAAUAAGAAUCAUAAAAAAUAUAGAAGAAAUUAAAUUACAUGAAAUACGUUUCGAUUUUCAAGGAAAGCUAAGAAUUCAAAUCAAUGAAAAAUUAUAUAAUGAAAAAGAAAAUAAAAUGAUAUUCAAUCAUUUUGAUGGAUUAUAUCAUCAUAAUGAAGAACCAUUAAAUAGCGGAUAUACACUACCAGAAAUAUUAUAUUUAUGUCAAAGUUCUUAUAAUAAUCAAGUUUGUAUUUCAUUAAAAAUUUUAAAACAUAUUUUUAUAAAUAUGCACAUAAAAUUAUCAUAUAUAUAUCCUACAUUUCAAAAUAUUUUUAAUUCCAAUUUUAUGAAAAAUAAAUUUUCUUAUGGAUUUACUUAUAAAAGAUUUAUUAAUUAUAUUAAUAAUGAUUUAAAAAUAUUCCAAAAAUUACUUAUUAUUUUUAAUUAUUAUUAUAAUAAAAAUGUAGAAAUAAAUUGUCUACAUACAUUAGCUAGCUAUUUAUUUCCAAAUAAUAUUUUCCAAAUAAAUGAUAAUGUAUUAUUUAAUCAAUAUGUUGACAUAAAUAAUAAACAACAAAAACAUAAUUACUUAUUCUUUCAAGAUUAUGAAAUAUUUUCUUAUCCAAAUUUUUUUAGUGAUCUCUGUUUUUUUAUCGAUGGAUAUAAUAUCUAUUUUUAUUCAAACAAAAAAUAUAAAAUCAAAAAUAUUAAAUUAUCCAAUGUAAGUAAUGAAAAUUGCUUUGGUCAUAAUAUUCAGAACAAGUCAGGUCAAAAAGAGGAACAAAAUAUUCAAGAUGACAUUCCUGAUGAUUUAGAAGAUCAAAUGGAAGAUAUAUAUUUUUUGGAUGAAAAUAAUGAUAUAAAUGACACAAAAAUAAAUGAAUCCAAUAAGAAUGAUGUAUCUAAUGUUAAGGAGGACACGGUUUAUAAUUUUUCGAAUUUUUUAAAAAGAUAUAGAGAAAAGGAGGACCCAUUAUUAUUAAAAGAGGGAAAAGAUGGUAAUAAUGAUAUAUAUAUUGAUAAAAUAAAAAGAUGGAAUACAAAAAAAAAAAUUAAUGAUAAAAAUGGGGAUGUAAAUAUAAAUGUAAGUGAUAUAAAUAAUACAAAUAAUAUAAAUAAGAGUACCCCUAUUGACCAUAACACCAUUUUAUAUAAUGACAGUAUUAAUAAACAAAAUAAUAAAAAUUUAAUGUCAUUCUUUGAAUAUAUGGACACCAUUAAUUUUGAUCCUUUAAAAAUAAGAAACCUCAAUUUUGAGAUGAUAAAAUAUUGUUAUAUGAACAAAUAUAAUUAUAAUAAAAUUUUAAAUAAUAUAAAUAAUAUAUUAACAAAUAAUUUUGCUGUUAUAGAAAUAGAAAACAGUUGUGUAUGUCUUUUAAUUGGAUUAUUAAUUAAGAAAAAACAAGAAAUAAAUAUAUUAAAACAUAGUGAUUUAAUAAAAAAUAUAGAAAAAAUAUUAGAAUCCAACAUGGUUGGAACAGAUUUGUAUCAAGAAAGAUUCAAUAAACAAAACAAGAAUAAAAAUAAUUUAUUAUAUUCAGAUGACGAUGUAUUUAGAAAUCCUAUACAUAUAAAUUUUGUUUAUAAUAUAAUUACAUUAAUAAAAUAUAUUAUAAUAUAUAAUUAUGAUAAGGAAAUAUUAAAUAAAAUAGACAUAUUACCAUUUUUGAUGUUCUUCCGAACGCUACCAUUUUUUAUUAACAAUAAAAAUAAAGAGAAAUAUAUAAAUGGAGAUAUAAAUAUAAACACACAUACAGAUGUUAAUACAAAUAUAUAUACAAAUAAAUAUAUGAACACUCCUUCAAAUGAGGAUGCAUACUUUUUCAUUUCAACAGAAAUUAUAAAAAUUUUCCGCCUUUUAUUAUAUUGUAAUAUAUAUAUAGAAUCCGUAGAUUAUUUUCACGACAUAAUAAAUUACGUUAAUAGUGUGGUUGUAUACAAAAAAAAAAAAAAUGAGGAAUGUUAUAUUUAUAAAAAGUUCUUAUCUCAAAUAUAUUUAUAUAUAAGUGUUUACAAUUGCAUGCAUGCUGAUAAAGAACUUUCGGGUCUUUUAUAUCACAAUAAAAUUAUCAGAACGUUAGAAAAUUCUGUAAAUGAUAAUAUUUAUUUUUCUCCUACUUAUGAUGAUAAUAUAAAAUCUAUUAUUAAAUCUAAUCAAUAUGAAAAAGGCAUUACACAACAUCAAAAAGAUGAUCAAUUAGAUGAUAUAACAAAAAGGGGUAAUACAGAAUGUUAUUCUUUUAAUAUAUUAUGUGACCUAGAAUUAUUAUAUCAGUGUUAUACUUAUAUAUAUUCUAUAUUUAUAGCUACCAAAAAAAUGAAAGAUAAUAAUAAUAAUAAUAAUAUUAAUAUUAAUGAUAAGGAAGAUAGAUUUAUAAACAUUGAACACAUAAAAAAUAUUAUAAAAACAAUUAAAGUUGUAGUUAUAUUUAUUAAGAAUAAAUUGAAUCACUUACUUAAUUUUUAUAUUGAAAGAGAAGAAGGAAAUAAAACAAAGACAAACAUAGCAACAACAAUAAUUAAAGAUAUAUGGAAUGAAUGCCCUUUUCCUUUUAAUUAUAUAAUAUAUAAUAAAAGAGAAACAAAUUUAUAUCUCUUCUUUUUAGUAUACAUACAAAUAUUAAAUGUUAUAUUAAAUAUUUAUUAUAUUCUAAUACAUAUGGAAUAUAUAAAUGAAGAAAAGGUCAUGUUAAUAGGUAUCAAAAAUAUAUUUGAAGAUAUAGAGAAUGAAAUAUUAAAUAAUUUUAUGAUGAAUGUAUUUAAAGAAGAAAAUAUAUUACAAUCACAUAAUAUUUUUUUACCAUUAGCAUAUUUAUUUUAUAAUAUAUAUAAGAUAAAAUGUUUUUAUAAUAUAUCCAAUAAUAAUGAUAAUAUUAUAAAGGAAGAAAAGAAAAAUAUAAAAUUGCAUUUAUUAUUAUUUUAUUCUUUGACCUAUUCAUCAUCUUUAUAUUUAAAUUUUGAAUGUUUGAAGAAAAUAUUUAAUAAUCCCUUUCUCAUGGAAGAUAAUAUAAAUAAUGAGACAACAAGUAAAAGGAUUAAUCACAAUAAUGUAGAUAAUAUGGAAACAAACAGGUGUGAUAAGAAAGAAGUUAUUGAUAAUGAUAAUAUAAAAGAUGAUUUAAUAGAUAUAGAAAAUAAUAAUAGUGAUAUAUAUAAAGAAGAUAUUACUUGUAGUAAUUUGCAAAAAAACAAAAAAAAACAUAUAUAUUUAUUAACCUUUUUAAACAAAUAUAUAACUACAGAUAAUAAUAAAUGUUUAUUAUUUUUUCAUAGUAAAAAAAAUCUUAUCUUAUUAUUUCUUAUAAACAUUUUUAAGGCAUGUUGCAAACCAAGCAAUGAAAUUAAAAAAGAAGAGAAAUUAAAUAUACACAAAAAUUUAACAUUAUUAUUAAAUGAAUAUUUUAUUGAAUUCAUAUCAAAUAAUAUGGACAUAGACAUGUUUCUAAAAAUUUUUGUAUCCAUAUUUAUAGUAGAUAAUUCUAAAUCUAUUGGAGAUUUCUUAAGUGAAGAAAAAAAUAUAUAUCAUUUAUUAGAAAGAAUAGCACAUAUAUAUAUAUUUAAAAGGGUAAGUAUAACACCUGAUGCAGCACAAAAGAAUAAUAUAAACCAUGACAAUAAGAAGGAUGACAUCAUCAUCAUAAACAAAAACAACAACAGCAACAAUAAUAAUAAUAAUGAUAUUAUUAAUGAUGAUAAUUGUGAGACUAAUCAUUGUUGUGAUAAUAUGAACAGUUCAAGAAUUAAUGUUUCAGCCACCUUAUAUUUAGAAAAAAUUCAAAAUAUAAUUAUAACUUUUACAAAUAACAAUAAUUUAGAUAUAAUAAAAGAAGAAAAUAUCCUACAUAAUAUACAUCACUUAAAUAAAUUUCGAAAUGAAAAAAGAAAUAUUACUUGCUACAAUGAUCAAAAAGAAAUAUUAAUUAAUAAAAAUAUUCUUGUUAUUAUUUAUCAACAAAUUAUAGAAUCAUAUAAAAAGGGUUGUUUCUUUAAUCCUUUAUUUUUAUCGUUUUUAUUUUUUUUUUCCUCUAGUUCAUUUCCAAAUGAAUGUCGUCAAUUAUUUUUUAAUGAUGAUGAUUUAAUAAAAAUGUUAGCAAAAAAUAUUUUUAUACAUUUUUAUGAUAAUACUCAUUAUAUUAUAUUUACAACUUCAACAUAUUAUGGAGAAGAACAAAAUAAUUAUCUUAUCAAUAUAACUCAUUUGUUCCCACCACUUUAUUCAUUUAUUAUAAAUACAACAGAAGAUGAAAUUAACUUGAAUAAAAAUUUGGAAUCCUAUUUCAGAAGUGUAAAAAAAGAAAAUUCAUAUACAAGUUUAUUACACUUUAUAUUUUAUAUGAAGCAAGCCUUUUUACAAACAUAA